AUGAGUCGUGUGGAGAUAAGAGGAAAGAGAGGAAGAACUGUGGCAGUACUGCUACCUGACAGUCACAAGGCAAGGAUUGACUGUCUGAACAAAUAUCGGAAUGUUUGCAACAUCAGCAAAGAUAACAAGUAUGUUUUUGCAAGAGGUGGAGAAUCUCUAAUACCUUUGAGGUGUGCAGAUGUACUGAGAAAAUUCAGCAUUGCUUGCAGAGCAAAAGUGACAAAGUUACUUACUUCAACAUCAUUGAGGAAACACAUGGCUACAGUUUCCCAAGUGCUGAAUCUUAAGGACAAUGAAUUAGAUGCAUUAGCGAGUUUUCUUGGACAUGAUAUUCGCAUCCACCGUGAGUAUUAUAGAUUGCGUGAAGACACAAUACAGAUUGCAAAAAUCAGCAAGAUAUUGGUGGAAUUAGAAAAGGGAACCAUUCAGAACAUUGCUGGAAAGUCUCUUGCUGAGAUUCAGAUGGAUGUUGAUGAGAGUGUUGAUUUGGAGGUUGUCUCAGAUCAUGAUGGAGAAGAGCCUUCUGUUCCUGCUGUUACUGAAUGUAGCAAAACACACAGUCAAAAUGCACAGCAUCUGCAAGAGAGUGUUGAUGUCGAGCCGGUCACAGAUCAUGGUGGGGCACAACUUUCUGCUGAGGGUGCUAGUACUGAAUGUGGUGAAACACCCAAUCCAAAUGAAAAGAAUCAUCAAGACUUACUUGUGGGCACACCAGGUGGAAAAAAGCGCAAACAAACCCCUCGAAGAAAAUGGACCCAGGAGGAAAAGGCUGCUAUUGAGAGGCAGUUGGGAAAAUUCAACCGUCUGAAAACACUCCCAGGGAAGCUCGACUGUGAAAAAGCUAAGCAGAAGGAACAUGUUCUUCAACCACGUCCCUGGAGACAAAUAAAAUAUUUUGUGAAGAAUCACAAAGUUUAAAAUAUCAACUUCAAUCAAAUUUGAGUUUCCUGGUGAGCUACAGUGCAUGUGGCACAAUAUUUUUCUCAGAAUGUUGUGUCAUUAUGUUAGUGGUAUAGUUAUGCCUUAAGUCGUCAAUUAGUUCCUGAAAUGUUUAAUUUUAGGUUCAGGAUAUAGAUAUAUUUUCUGUAAUGUAAUUUCUACACUGUUCUGACUGGAGAUCCAUUACAGUUUCAAAAGUGUUUACUCAAACCUAUAUCCAAAGUUCCAGCCAUAUCCGUUCCUGUCGACUUGUUUCUCACUCUUAAGUGAAUAGACUAAGUCACUUCUUCAAACUGAGGAUAACUGAUAAAAGUUUAAGACAGUUUUGACUGGAGGUCCACGACAUUUUUAUCAAUGUAAACUGAAGAUGUUAUCUGAUUUUCAUCUAUGUGGUUUUCUGCAGUCUUAAUAUUAUCCUUAUGUACACUCAUCAAUUCUUUUGACAAAUUGAUCUCUAGUAUCCCGGAAAUAUCCCCUGCAGCUUCCAUAAACAUUCUAGCAGAUUCUUCUUUUGCACAAAACCCAGUUGCAUGCUUGAGUUUUGGUAUCAUUUCAUAAUCAUUGAAGUUUCACAGUGUGUUCACAGUGACUGAAAGCCAUCCUCGUCAACAUUUUGGGCCAUAGACCUGAAGGAUCUGACAUAUCUCCUGUCCUCUAGCAUGUCUAGUGUUGGCGCUUUCUCACCCUUCUUUCAACAGUUGAUCAAGUGAAUGGUAGUCUUGUCCAUGUUUGCUACAUUGAAGACAAUAUGGUCACUCUGGACGUGGCAUAUGACAAAAUAGAAUUCUAACACUGAACUUCUCUAUAGUGUAAUAAUCACUGAAAUAAAUAUUAAUACAUGAAAAAUGAGUGCAUCGGGGAUAUUACUUGUGAUCAAGACCUAAAAUAAUACAACUUUAUUCGUUACAAUAAUUUAUUAAUAUCUGUCAGGUGGGAGAUCUUAAAUCUGUUCACAUUAGAGUGUC